AUGUCGACCUCAAAUUUCUUGGACCAGCAGUUUAAUGACUCGGAUGAUGAAGAAGACUUCAAUCCUUCGGCUCAUAUAGAUGAAGAUGAUGUGCAACCUCCUGCCACCAAAGACCGACGAUCUCGACCUCCAGCUGAAGAUGAAGAUGAACAAGGGUCGCGUCCUACGAAAAGAUCGCGGAGUAGGCACCAAAGUGGCGAUGAGGACAACGAAGAUGAAGCUGGCGGAGACGAAGAUGAGGAGGGUGAAGGCGAAGACUUAGGGAACGAUGACGAUGAGGAUGAAGAGGAGGACGAUGAAGAAGAUGAAGUUCGGGGGCAUACACGAAAACGAAGAAAGCGCGACGCAAGACUACAGUUCAUAGAUGUCGAAGCCGAAGUUGACGAGGAAGACGAGGAAGAAAUGGAAGACGAGGAGGGAGACAUGCCAGAAGAAGUGCACCCCGAUGAUCUCCUAGAUGUGCGCGACGAUAAUAGAGACGAUCGUCGCCAUCGCGAAUUGGAUAGACAACGUGAGAUGGAGGCGAGUAUGGAUGCUGAGAAACAGGCCGCAGCACUUCGCGAACGAUAUGGCCGCAGUCGAGCCGCUGCAAUAGACUCAGCGGUGGUACCACAAAGACUGCUGCUCCCUUCAGUAGAUGAUCCGAGCAUCUGGGGAGUACGGUGCAAGCCGGGCAAAGAAAAGGAAGUCAUAUUCUCGAUCACGAAAAGACAACAGGAGCAAGCACUGACGCGAGAGCCCCUCCAAAUAUUCUCUGCUUUCGAGCGAGGCGCAGGAACAAUGGCUGGCUACAUAUACAUUGAAGCACGCACCCAAAAUGCAGUCUUCACGGCCACCGAGGGCAUCGCGUUCUGCUACCCACGCACAAAGAUGAUCUUGAUACCCGUCAAUGAGAUGCCGGACCUCCUUCGAGUCACUAAGUCGAAGACACUCAACCCAGGAGCCUACGUACGCAUGAAGAGGCCUGCAAUGUAUGCAGGAGAUCUUGCACAGGUCGUAGCUGUGGAAGCGAAUGGUGUAGAUGUCACCGUCAAGCUCAUUCCCCGCUUGGAUUAUGGUCUUAACGAAGAUGUCAACGCACCGGCUACUGACAAGAAACGCAAAUUCGGAAAGCCUGCGAACAUGCCUCGACCUCCACAGCGACUAUUCAACGAGACCGAGGCACGGAAAGGAAGAAAUGCCAAAUUCCUUUCUGUGAACGGUGGGUUGGGAAGGCGAGACUACACGUACAAGGGCGAUUCGUAUGAGAACGGCUUCUUGAUCAAAGACUAUCGGAUAACAUACCUGGAAACAGAGAAUGUCAAUCCGAAGCUUGAUGAAGUCAGCAAGUUUGCCGCUGGCGCGGCUGAUGGAACCGAAGAACUUGAUUUGACAGCUCUAGCAAAUACACUGAAAAACAGCGUAACGGCAGAUGCUUUCCUCCCCGGCGAUCUCGUCGAGCUUAGUCAAGGAGAACAAGCAGGCGUGGUUGGACGGGCUAUUUCUGUCCGUGGAGAAAUUGUCACCUUGAAAGUCACCGAAGGGAUGUUGGUAGACCAGACUAUAGAGGCACCCAUCAAGGCUCUCAGAAAGAAGUUUGCUGAGGGUGAUUAUGUCAAGGUCUUGGCUGGCAAAUAUCAGGAUGAAGUUGGAAUGGUUGUCAAGGUUAAGGGCGAUCAAGUGACAUUCCUAGCAGAUUCCAACAACCAAGAGAUGCCGGUAUUAUCGAGGGACCUUCGACUGGCAAGUGCUGCAACCAACUUACCUAGCAGCGGGGUCUACGACCUUUACGAUCUUGUUCAGCUGGACGUCUCGACCGUCGCGUGCAUCGUUCGCGUCGAUCGUGAGUCUCUCAAGGUUCUCGACCAGAAUGGCUCUGUCCGAACGAUGCUUCCGUCUCAGAUCUCAAGUAAGAUCGAGAAGCGUGCUAGAGCAGUAGCUACUGAUCGUGAUGGGUCCGAACUUCGACCCGAUGAUACUGUCAAAGAAUCAGGUAUGGAGUCCAAGCAAGGUCGCAUCAUGCACAUCCACAGGAACUUUCUAUUCUGUCAGAACAGACAACAGACCGAGAAUGCCGGUAUUUUCGUGACGCGUAGCACUAAUGUCACGACUGUGGCUGCAAAGGGGGGACGCGUUCAGAACGCUGGUCCUGAUCUCACCAAGAUGAAUCCAGCAUUGCAACCCCGCAAUGGUGCACCGAAUGCUGGUGGUGCCAUGGCACCUCCCAAAACCUUCGGUAGAGACAAGCUCAUUGGGAAGACAGUGCACGUUAAAAAAGGGCCACACAAAGGAUUACUGGGCAUUGUCAAAGAUACGACUGACUUGGAAGCAAGAGUGGAGCUACACACGAAGAGCAAGACGAUCACCAUGAAAAAAGACAUUCUUGCAAUCAAAGAUCCAAUCACCGGUCAAUCAGUCGACUUCAACCGCUUUGGGAAUACUCGUCCCAAGAUCGGCGGUGGUACACCAGGACGCUUUGGACCCAACGCUGCUGGACCGACGCCAUCAUGGGGAGGCUCGCGCAUGGGCGGAGCAACGCCUGCAUGGAAGUCCGGUGGUGCUAAGACUCCAGCAUGGAGUUCUGCAAAGACGCCCGCAUGGCAAGGCGGAAAUGACGGAGGCCGGACCGCGUAUGGCGGAAACGAUGGCAGUCGCACCGCAUACGGAGGAAAUGAUGGUAGCCGUACUGCGUAUGGUGGUAAUGAUGGCAGUAGAACUGCCUAUGGAAACUCAACGUGGUCUGCCUCUGCCAAGACCCCUAACCCUUAUGCCACUGACGCUUCAUCAUCAACAUGGGGCUCAUCUGCGUCUCGCAAUGCGGCCUCGCCGCCGUCCAACACCUACCAGAGCGCCCCAACGCCCGCGGCAUAUGAUGCGCCAACACCAGGCUUUGCUGCACCGACGCCUGGAGACCAUGCCACGCCUCGCUACGGUGCUGGCUCUUAUGGCAACUACGCCACACCGGCGGGAGCACCAACGCCUGGGGCGUAUGCUGCUCCCACGCCUGGUGGCUAUGCAGAGACUCCAGGUGGAUUUGCUGAGACGCCGGGACAAUGGAGCGCACCAACACCAGCGGCAACUGGAGAUGAUGACCCGAGAUACGAAUAA